ACCAGCAGCUGCAUUUUGGCAGAUCCACGAGUGAGGAGCCGGGCAGCAGGAGGCAGAAACGGGGACAACAUGUGCAGCUUUUAACGCGAGCCGUUAGUGGAAUGGACGCCGGGGGAGAGCACUGACCAUCCCGGCGGAACCAUGCCGACUGUCCUCGGUGGCAAAGGGAAACUUUCCAUUGUCUGCUUUCUACUUAAAUGCGCUUAUUCUCAGGUAACAAGGAGCCAACACCACAGCUGUGCCAAAGAUAUUCUAGAGGACAUGACUCAGUCCUGGCAGUCCCAGCAGGCUUUAGGGGGUGACCAGGUCCAGCGAAUCCUCUACAACCCUAAGGAAGCAAAGCAACCAACUACACAACAAAGGCAAAGCAGGGGGGACGUUCAGCUGCGAAUGACCCGUCACCCUCAUGUUGCACCUCACAAAUCGAUGCUUGCUGAUGACCUGAAGCUGAGCAGUGAUGAUGAAGAUGCUCACAGGACAACUCGUGAGGCAGCUUCCUGGGAUGAACACAGCCUGUCAGCACAGCGAGCACACACACAUGGCAGGCGGGUGAGACAUUCCAGCUCGGACUCAUCGGGCUCAGACUCCAGCGACGAGUCAGCCAGCAGUAGUCUUCACUCCUCCUGGAGCCACAGCCGAAGCCCCGAAGUUCACCCGGAUCCUGCGUCGCCUGCCAACACGCAGCAAGAGUGCAACAGCAAGGAGACUGACCACCCCUCUGCUGCCCAGUGGCAGUUGGAUAAAUGGCUAAAGAAGCCCCGGAAAAAAUCUGCCAUCAGUGAACAGGAUCCUUCUCAGAGCAUUCCAGGACGCCUUCCCUCUCCCUGCACCCAAAGAGCUCCGUCUCCAGCCAGAUCCUGGGACAGAAAUCGAGACUACAGCCCAAGCCAAAGCCCUAUUCCCAGCCCCCAUUUCAAUUACAGCGACAACAACAGUCCCUUACCCAGUCCUGGCUACAGCUUCUGCCCUAGCCCCAGCCCGUUCCCCAGCACCUGCCCCAGUCCCAGCCCCAGCCCGAUCCACAGUCCACUUCCAAGUGUUUGCCCAAGUCCAUGUGGGAGCCCAAGAUCCAGCCGUAGCCCUAGCCCUAUACAACAAGAUCCACCACGAAGCCCAAGUCCGAGCCUGCCUGCUCCUCCGAGAGUUCGUCACUAUCCUGACGUUCAGAGUCAGAUCCAAACACAACCAAGCCUACCAACCAAUCCACACAGGAGUAAAAACCGGUCAUGGAUUGCCCCAUUGCCUAACACCAACAAUAAAACCAAACCUUCAAAAAGUACUUAUCCUCAACAGUCUCGGCAGCACACAGCCAGUUCUCGGCCCACACAGCAGCAAGACCAGAACCAAAGCAAAUCAAAGGAUUCUGCUACUUUAAACGCUAACGCCAAAUCUAAAGCCAAGCAUAGCUCAGUCCCAAGUUCUAGACAGGUCUCAGAGCUUCCCAAAGCCAAAAACACAUCUCAAUUCGAGCAAAUCCAAAGAAACAGAGCCAACCACACUUCCAACCAUAAGUCCAGACCUUUAAUUCCAUCAAAUACGCAACAUAGCCCCACAAAAACAAAGCACUUAGAUCCCACUAGUCGUGCAACCAACUCUAGUAUUUAUUCCCAACCUACCUCUAAAGCUGUGACUAAGUCUAACCCUAACCCUAGCCUAAAUCCCAGGUUAAAGUGUUUGGAUGCUCCUGUCCAUACUUCAACACCUAUCAACCAUACAAAAAAUCCACAAAGGAAGCCCCAGUCCAAAGAAGUAGGACACAGAGGAAAUCAUCUGACCAUAACAGAGGGGAGAAAACAAGACAGAAGAGAGGAAAGACAUAGGGAAAAACAACAACAAGGCAAGCAGGAGAGAAGGGAAGACAGGAGGCUGGCGGAGGAGCAGCUACUAAGGCGUCCCUGGAUCCAGAAUUCUGCUGAAGAAGAGGAGGAGGAAGAGGAGGAGGAGGAGGCAGUGAUAGAAAGGCAACGUAAGAGAGAGGAGACUACACAAGGGGAGACCAGGAGAAAGACGGAGAAGCAAAUUAGUUGUGAAUGGCAAACAGCCCAGGUCAAAAGGAGACUACCUUUCAACACAGAGCCACACCGCCCUCAGGGUGACUCACACAACCAGGGGAGGACAAAAAAGGUAGGGAGAAGUGAGGAGGAGAGAGGAAUACAACAAGAACCGUCAACGCCUCCAUCACACUCCCCGGCUCCUCAUAGAUCGUCCUCCUCAUCCUCUACCUCCUCCUCUUCAAAUUCAGAUUCAGAAUCUGAAAAUCAGGGUCCAGUCACCAAAGUCCCAGCUGACUCUACCUCUCAUAAGAGGCUCUCAAAGAGAGGGCAACAAGGUCCAGGAAGACCAGAUGCCAACAGGCCGAAGGUGGUGUAUCCGAGAGGGCCCACAUCAGGGAAUCCGAGUGAGGGGAGGCAAAAACUUUACACUCUGGUCCCAUUUGGCCGAGGUGACAAGACUACAGCUCCUUCCCAGCGAGGACUAAGAAAUCUGGUGGUGCAGAUAGAUCUCUGUUUGCUCAAAAGGGUCCCUGACAGCACAACUAGCUCCCCUGUUAAGAAAUCCUCGACUUCCUCAACAGCAACAUCAACAUCAACCAAGGACAAGCAAAGAGAGGCUAUGAAACACCUGUUUGUCCCUGAGACCGGGACUAAAGACAGCAAAAGGAAGCGCAAGCUGGAGAAUGGUGUGCCACACAGAGAAAGCAAGAGAAGUAUUCCUUAUGCAAAUGACCUCCCAGGCCACACAGGGUCUUCAUCUCAUGCUGCUCAGCAAAACCUUGUGACUGAAACCACACACAAUGGGUACUUGGAGGAGUACCUGGACAACAAGAGGCCACUGUCUCCCCUGUCACCGCUCUCUGACAGCCCAGACUCCGCCAAGCCUCCCUCCAAAACGAAGACAUCAGAGCAGCAUCACACCUCCAAGAACAGAGACAAGAGUAAAGAUUCUGCUAUUAAGCCCAAGAUGGAGGUGGAGUUUGUGAAAGUGUCAAGGCAGCCACAGCCACCAUCCGAGUCCUGGGGCCCUUCAGGACACAGGGGAGCCCUGCCAAACCAUGAUACGCCACAUCAUGCUGAGUACUACUUACAUGAGGCUAAAAGAAUGAAGCACCGUGCAGAUGCAAUGGUGGACAAGCUUGGAAAGGCUGUAAACUACAUUGAUGCAGCUCUUUCCUUUAUGGAAUGUGGGAAGGCCAUGGAGGAAGGGCCACUGGAGGCAAAAUCUCCGUAUACCAUGUACUCUGAGACAGUGGAGCUUAUCAGGUACGCAAUGAGGCUAAAGAGUCACUCUGGCCCUGGGGCAAGACAGGAAGACAAACAGUUGGCGGUACUUUGUUUCCGAUGUCUUGCCCUCCUUUACUGGCAAAUGUUUCGUUUAAAGAAAGACCAUGCACUGAAAUACUCCAAAGUCCUGUUGGACUACUUUAAGAGUUCCCCUAAAGUGCCUUCAACACCACCAGGUUGGAAUGACUGUGGGAAGGGUACAGGAGGACCCCCUUCUUCACUCUCUCCCAAUGCAAAACAAGUCGGACAGGGUUCACACGGGGGCAGUAACUUCCCCUCUCACAUUAGCAUUCCCCAACGUAUCCACCAGAUGGCAGCAAAUCAUUUGAACAUUACCAACAGUGUCUUGUACAGCUAUGAGUACUGGGAGGUGGCAGACAAUCUUGCAAAGGAGAAUAUGGAAUUCUUCAACUACUUGAAUACACUGUCUGGGCCAUUGACUCUUCACAGUAGCAUUGCUCACACAGUCCAAUACACAAGACAGGCUCUUCAGUGGAUACGCAUUAGUGCCAAACUUAACUGACAUGGAGAGGAUUUGAUCAAACUAGACUCCUGGAUCUACAGGCCUUAUUUGGAAAAGACAAACCUCUGGAUCUCUGUGCAGCUCACUGACCAGUCCUGAUACAUGCUGAGUUGCCUGUUUUAAAUGGAUUUACAGGAAACGGGGCCUCAUCCUGAUAGAAAUCCUCAUAGGAUGUUAGGUGAUCACCGUUUGGGCCUUAAUGUGUGCAAAGUCUUCUGAAGGACUAAUCAUCUGACAGUUCCCAGAUGCAUCUUCCUCUUCAUCGUAGGAUUAGAUUGUUGUGUGUGCUACGGCUCGAAAAUCACUUGCCAAACAUCCCUUCAUGUCUCAGAAAGAAUAACAUGCUUUUGUGCAGUGCUAUCUGUUAAGAAUUUUACAAACUUUGGGAUUCAAUUUAUACAACCAACUGGUUAAAAACAGGACAAUUUGCUGUCUGCGAUGUUUUCUACAGAAGAUGACUCAAUGACUGUUUUUAAAAGAAUUGGGUUAUAAUUUGUAUGUGUUUUUCUUCACUGUGCAAUAUUUCAUGGAAAAUCGUUUUUUAGAAAAGAAGUGAAAAGCUGUUGAGUACUCGUGUAGGUGCCAACAUUCAAGGCCUGGUAUAAAAAAAAUGCAUUUUUACUCCUAUUUCUAAUGUGGGAUUCUAAAAUUGACUAAAUAAUGAAGUUGAAGGCAUCACUUAGACUUCCUCUUUGCAUGUUUCCUGUCUUGUGUCUGCUUCAGGAGUAUGCAAUUUUACAUUUCUGAACUCCAG